UUUAAAGUUUCCAGAAAUGUUCAUUAGAUAUAGAUAAUGAAAUGUUCUGCUUCAUGUACUGUAGUAGUUAGCUUUGAUUUGCAGACCGGGAUUGUCCUUUGUUUCAGGAACGCUUUGAUGUUAUUGUUAUCAUUUGUUUGAUCGCUGUAUCAAAGGUCAGUGUCGUCGCUUUCCAACCACUGCUUUCAAGCGUAUGAUAGGAUUCCGGGCAGCUAGGUCUGUAUUUAUGAGCAUAUUUUUAAUUGAUUGAUCAUCAAAAGAUGUCUGUUUGUUUAUUGGGUUAAACAUGACGUCUACAAGCCCAGAUCAGAAGACCUUCUCGUUUUCAUUUGUGUCACUUAAUAACGCACCCAUACGAUCUCCGCAGUCUGUUCCAGGCGUUCAUAACACCUGCACAGCAACGGCUCUUGUUGCUAGGGUGGUACCUUUAAACGAGCAUACACCUUUUGUACCUUUAGUAUGUAUCCUUCAUCUAGAAAGGUGCAGGGAGCAGACCUUUAAAGGUUUACACUGAAAAGACAGCACUUUAUAUUCUUAACACGAUACAGCCACGUUUCUGGGAGACGGCUACACAUGAAAGGGUACAGUACACCGUUUACAGUGAAAUUACAGUGUGGCGCCCUUACUCCCUGAAGGCGUCGCCUGAUUCUUCAUCGCUUCUCACGUGCCAUGCUGAUGCGCGACUCCUGGCCAUGUGACUCUGCGUCAGGAUCGUCACUCAGCAUGAACAGUGCAGGCAGCUGUGACAGUGUGAUCAGCAUCAACUCUGGCUACAGUGACGACAGUAUGGAGCAUCUCUCUGCUGAGGAACGGGCAUGCCUCAUGUACUUGGAGGAAACCAUUGAGUCCCUGGUGGAAGAGGACGAUAGCGGCGUGUCAAAUGAUGAACCAGACCAUCCGUCGCGCAAAGUGACAAAUAAGAUGGAUCACCUUCGCCAAGUUAAUCCAGAGGGGCUGUCUGUUCAUGACAAUCCCAAUAAAAUUUUAGGAAAAGAUCAUAGAUCCCGAAAAUUGCUUGUUCCAACUCCACUGGUUUUGGCCAACGGCAAUUCCAAAUUACUGAAAAAAACCGAUUUCUCCAGUACUGAACAAAAACCACCUGUACUGGUUAACACACCUAAAACUAGUCCAUUCAACUCUCGCCAGUCUUCACCAUUACAGACUUUUGCAGUAGGAACUGCUAUAUCGCCUCCGAAUCCUGGUAGACACGAGCCAAAUGUUUACUCAUACAGUGACCUGACUGACGCGCCUCCUUCCUUUAUACCUGAGCCACCAGUAAGACCUAACACUUCAAGUGGUCCUAUAGCCAAAGACCACCCUCCUAAAAGCAAUCCUCAGAAGUCCGGGUCAGAUCAAAAGCCCAAGAGUGUUUCAUCCGAAAUACCAGUGGUGCUGCUUCCUCCUCCUUCAGACUUUAUGGAUGAGCCGGUGUUGCUUCCACCAGUCAACACGCCAUGUCAAAGUGAAAGCAUGCCAAUUGCCCCUCCAGGUUUCGAUAGACAUAUAGGGACAAACAAGCCUCUACCAUCACUGUCUACAUCUCCAAAGCUUUCCGUAAAUGAUCUAGACAAGUUGCGUAAAAAAGCUUCAAUAAAGAAGAUCCCUGAAAUAGCACCAGUAGUUCAAGUAAAAUCUGUCCAUAAUGUCCCAGACCAAGCAAGUUCUCCAAAACUUGUUCCAGAUACCAGCACAACUACUGCAGUAGAAUACGUAGAACCAAAAAGCCCUCCCAGUGUGGCACCCAAACCCAAAAUACUGCCUUCCAGCAUUGUCCUAAAAACCUACAAAGAUGCCACACCUGGUCAUUCCCUCGUUUCACCAGGUGACCGUAUGAUGAUCAACCAACAGAAGGUUCACCAAGAAGCUCUGAAAAAACUAGGCUUGCUAAAGCCUAAUGAGAUUGACGUAGGAUUCUGCCCCAGUCCACCAAACAAGGCCUCUCCACAAACUUACUUUAAUCCAAGCACUUCUGUAGCAUCACCUGCAGAAUAUACCGCUGAUUCUGUGCUUGUGCAUGCUGAGCACCAUGCAGUAGUUGAGGCACAAGGAAAACCAGAUUUUUCAUAUUUACCUGUACACCCUGAGAAAGGAGAAAAUCCGUUGAUCACAAGGGCGCCAAGUCCAAAACCCUAUGAAAUCAAAUCGGCAUCCAUGGAGCGAUCGGGUGUUGGUCUGAAAAGCUUUACACUCGAGAAUCCUUCGUACUUAACAAGUCAGGAAGCGAGUCCAGAGAAUGUGCCAACUCAAUCUGGACAUCGGAAUAGCCGAUCUCUAACUUUAGACUUUAGUGUUAACCAGAUACUUGCUGAAUCAAACAGAGAGCCAGAGCUGAGGAGAUCUCUGCCCAUCCCUGUUCCCUCACAGCCAAAGGUUGAGCCCCAGAAGUCUCUUCGAUCACACGGCAUCAGCGUGGUCAUCUCGCCAGAGCGAGGCGACGACCGCAAGCAGGCUCUGAGGAGACUGGGACUAGGAAUGAUCAAAGACUAAUCUUCAAAAUGGUUUCCCAGCAGACUACACCAAAUCUUUUAUUUUGUAAUCAUAUAAAAUACACUGGAAUGGGGAGGCUAUGGUGUAGCAUAUUUACUCUAGACACAGGUUUCCAACCCUGGUCCUGGUGAAGCCCCUAUCCUUCUAAUCAGCAUAUUAACAUCUGUCCUAAAAUGAAUUGGGAGGUGUUUCACAGCAGAGAAAACUCUAGAAUAUGCAGGACAGGGGGUUCUCCAUGAUAAGGGUCGGGAGCUUGUCCUGUAAGAUGUAGCUACAAAUGGAUUUCUGUGUAUACACUGGACAUUUAAGAAAUGUGAUGUAUGAAAACAGUGCCAUGGAUAUUUAAGGAAUUCCUGAAUGUUCUGAACAUGCUGGAACUUUUUUUUUUUUUACUUUGGUGGAUAAGUGUAAUAUUUAGCAAGUGUAGACCUUAACUGUGGAUGAAUUGUGAUUCUACUAGUGUACCUGCUGCUAUAUAGUUUCUAGCUGAAGGAUCUGUUUUGAAAAGUGAAGGAAAAAUACUAUAAUAAGUCUUUAUUAAAAUACUUAGUAGUAGGGGUUGAUAUUAGCGGACAAUACAUGCACUCAUAGCUAACAAGUUAUCCUACUGUUACUGUGUUUUUUUUUUUGUUGUUUUUUUUUUUUUUAUAGGGAGGCCUUAGUUAUUGAAAAUAAGGGCUUGCGUACAUUUGACACCAAAGCUCAGUAGGAAGAUUGCUUAGCAAUGAUAUUUAUACUGUUCCUAAAUGUCUCUCUUUCAAACAGCACUUUAUUCUCCAUGCUAUUAAUCCAUUCUUUAUUAAUAAACUUCUCAUUCUUGA